AUGUCUUCUGGACUGCCUAGAACCCUCUCCUCCAGUUCACCCACAACUAUGUCUCCGGAUACACCCGCAACUACGCCCACAGUUGCAUCAUCUAAGUCGCAUCCAGCAACGCCCUCUGCAUCACCUACAACCAUGCCACCUCCAGAGUGCCAGAAUGCCACCGGCAAUGAUAGUAAAAAAAGAAAGCGUGAUCGAAAGGACGAGUCAAACGAAGAUCUCCAGGUGGAGAAGAAACCAAAGCGAGCAAGCAAGAGUUCUCAGCCGAAACCGCAAUCAGCGGAGGUUAAUAAGCCGAAGCGUGGUCAGGGUGACGACGCGACCAAGAAUAUUCGCGUAACCAGAUCAAUGGCUAGUAAUAAGAAUGUUGAAUCAGAGGCAGGAGUAGCACCGCGAAAUAAACGACAACGUGACCAAGAAGUUGACACUGCCGAAAAUGCUCGACUCGCUAAAAAGCAGAAGCUCACCAUUGAAAAGCUUGAACGACAACUCAAAGAAGCGAAUGAUGAGCUUCUAUCAGCUAGGCUUGAUUUGACGUCUACGAAGGACAAGCUCAGAAGGGAAACCGAGGAGGUUGGGCUCUUGGAAGGACAGCUCAGAAGAGCAACAUUUCAAUUCUUUACAGAGGUGCAAUUAUAUUCACUAACAUGUCGGUUCGAGAUGCUGUGCUAUGAGGUUGGUUCCUUUGUUGGAGACAACCUCGUUAAGGUAUUUGAAGGGGACACUAUACCAGAGCAUAUUGAAAAGAGGCUGAAGGAGGUGUCGGAGACACCACUUCACAAGUUUCUUAAAUCAAGGUCGUAUGCAAGACUCUUAUUUGAGGCAUUCAUAUGGAAUUUUCUAUGCACCGAAUACUUUGAGAAUCCUUUCAAGUUAUGGGGCAAGGGUGAUGAGGUUGGAGCUAUCCUUGGUGCAAUUCUAGCCGGAAAGUUUGGUGGUAAGGCUGGGCGCCUUAAUAUGUGGAAAGCGCACACCGCCCAAAUACUCCAGGACUGCCCGAUAGACGCCGCAAAGCUUGAAGGACCUAAAGAACAGCUUUUAGGCCUGCUUGAAAUGUUCAUCGUCGAGGAGAAGAAGAGUAAGAUCAAGGACGAGGUGGAGCCAGGUAUGAAUAAGAUAUUCGAGCUUGCAACGUCGAUAGCCCGGGAUUUAAAUCGAUUCGAUGAUCGGGUUGAAAUCAUGAGAAAGAGACACCCAGACGCUCGUGUUGCAUCGCAAUCUUACGACGACGAUUGGAUGGUGAUAUCCAAUCCGAGCAUAGAAAACGGCGAUGCCGUGGAACUCAUAAUCACUCCGGCCUUGGUCAAAUACAACAGGUAUUGGGAUUCUGACGAAGAACAUUUCUACGCUGUGAAGAAAGCACAGAUACUAUAUAAGAACGGGGUAUGGUUCGUUGACUCGGAUGAGUACAAACGAAUGAAAGCUGAACGGGUUCGGGGUGACACAGAGAAGUGA